CAAUUCAAUUCAGUUACUGAGUUUGAGCAAAUCAUCUUAUGGCAGAUGUUGUUGUUUCGUUUGUGAUUGAAAGGCUUGGAGACUUGGUGACUUCUGAAGCUGAAUUCUUGCAUGGAAUCAAAGGCCAAGUGGGGAAAGCACAGAUCAAGCUUCAAUGUAUGAGUGCUUUCUUAAAAGAUGCAGAUGCUUGGGUUAGAAAUGGUACCGAUGAGAGAGUUCGCCUUUUGGUUGUCCAAAUCAGAAAAAAUUCUCUUGACUUGGAGGAUGUUAUUGCAACUUAUGUCUUCAAAGUGGCUUUGAAGAGGAAUGAAGGUGUACUCAAAAGAACUAUUAACAUCUUAAGAGAGGGAAUUGAUGUCCACAAAGUUGGAUUAGAGAUUGAGAGGAUCUCAUCCAACAUUGAUACUUGGACUUUACAAUUAGAAGCACUUGGUGUAAACAGAUCACUUGACAAUGCAGCUGAAGCUUCUUCAAGAUAUGUCCAGAAGCAAAAAGAGUUGAGAAGAGUUGGUAACUCUUUUGACUGAAAAGGAGAACCCUCAUAAACAUAAGGCGAUUUCGAUAUGUGGGAUGGGAGGUUUGGGAAAGACCACUCUUGCCAGAAAGGUCUAUCAGCAUCCUCAAGUUAGGACUCACUUUGAUUGUUCUGCUUGGGCCUCAAUAUCUCAGCAAUGUAAUAGACGUGAAGUCUUAGAAGGAAUUCUAUUUCCUCAAUGACAAGGAGAGUUGGGAGCUGUUUCAGAACAAGUACUUCCAUGUCGCAACAGAUCCAUCAAACUCAAAUGAUGAUGAAAGGAAGAAGGAACUAGCGGUAGAGUAAAAGAGUAAAAACCUUGUUUUUUGUAUUUGGCUCGUUAUGUCAUUUACUCAUAGCAGAAGGUUUUAUAUCGCGAAGAAAAAGUUCUGUGGAAAUAUUGACUCAAAAAGGUCUCAAACAGGUUAUAACAUUUCAGAUGAAAGGUUACACAAUAAGUUGGAAUGCCAAUUUGAAAUCAGUUGUAGCAUUAUCAACCACAGAGCCUAAGUAUAUUGCUUGCACUGAAGCUGUAAAUGAAACACUCUGGCUCAAGGGAAUUACAAAGGAACUUGGUAGUGAUUAAAGAUCAACACCAAUAUUCUGACAGUAAAAGUGCAUUGCAUUUGAGCAGAAACCAAGUCUUCCAUGAUAAGUCUAAACACAUUGAUGUUAGACUCCAUUUCAUCAGAGAAAUAAUCAAUGAAGGCAAGGUUUAAACUCAAAGAUCCUACUGCAGUCAAUCUAUCAUACAUGCUCACAAAGGCUCUCCCUAGUAGUGACAAGUUCAAGCACUACCUGAACCUACUUUCUAUCUUAGUUCUGUAAAUUGUUUUUCAUAUGUAUAUUAGUAGUCAAGGUGGAGAAUCGCUAUAUUUGUAUUGCCUUGCUGAUGUUGUAACAGUUAGAGGUAGUUAGUAGUUGUAACAAUCAUUUCAACUCGGAAUUCUUUAUAUGAUCGCAAUGUGAAAUGAUUCUACUACCUCCCACUACCACACCACUACAACUCGGCAUUAAUUUUUAUAUGUCUUCCAUUCCAUUAGGCAAAUCAUAAAAGCAAUCACUUAGUCUUGGCAUACCACCAUUGCAGAAUGGUGAGAAAUCUGAUUUGCAGCCGCUGAACUCCUCAGAAAAAUACAGUUAGAACCACAUGAGGCACAGCCACAGUUAGAAAAUUGACUUAAGAGAGUAACAAGGAGAGUCAAGUCAACCAAUUGAAGAUGGGUUCCUUGUUGGAAGUUGCUUAUUAUGGUGGGCCUACCAAUACCAAUAAUGCUGAAUGCCUUUUAGCUACUCCACACAUAUAGGAAUAGGACCACCUCUAAAUCACUCUAAGGAUAAGAAAAAAAAUCAGAGAAAAGAACAAAAUAAGCAGCCAAUAUUGAAUACCAACAACACCACUUGGGAUAGAAAUGCUUAAAUGAGUGAUCUGUUUUGCUGUUAGAUCAUAUCAUACAAUUCAAUUCAAUUUAAUUCAGUUCACUUACUGAGAAAAAAUCAUCAAAUGGCAGAUGCUGUUGUUUCAUUUGUGAUUGAAAGAAUUGGAGACUUACUAAUUGAUGAAGCCAAGUUCUUGUAUGGAGUUGAAGGCCAAGUGGGGAAUGCAAAAAUCAAGCUUCAAUGUAUGAGUGCUUUCUUAAAAGAUGCUGAUGCUUGGGUUAGGAAUGGUACCAAUGAGAGAGUUGGCCAUUUGAUUGUCCAAAUCAGAGAAAAUUCUCUUGACUUGGAGGAUGUUAUUGAGACUUAUGUCUUCAAAGUGGCUUCCUCUUCUAAUCAUGGAACUAUGAGACGUGCAUUGCAAUGGUGUGUUCGCAUUAUUGAUGUGUAUAAAGUUGUAUCAAAGAUAAAGGAGAUCUCAUCCAACAUCGAUACUUGGACGUCGCAAUUAGAAAGAUUUGGAGUACAGAGAUCAAUAGACAAAGCAGAUGAAGCUUCUUCAAGCAGCUAUGUCCACAAGCAAAAAGAGUUGAGGCAAGUUUAUUCUCAUGUCGAAGACAAUGUUGUUGUCGGAUUUGGAAAAGAUAUUGAAGAGUUGGUAACUCUUUUGACUGAAAAAGAGAACCCUCAUAUGCAUAAGGUGAUUUCUUUAUGUGGGAUGGGAGGUUUGGGGAAGACCACUCUUGCAAGAAAGGUCUAUCAGCAUCCUCAAGUUAGGACUCACUUUGAUUGUUAUGCUUGGGUCUCAAUAUCUCAGCAAUGUAACAGGCGUGAUGUCUUGGAAGGAAUUUUAUUUGCUUUCACCUCUCCCACCAAAGAAAGAAGAGAAGAAAUCAAAAUCAUAAGUGAUGAAGAAUUAGCCAAGGAGCUUUACAACUUUCAGAAACAAAAAAAAUGUUUGGUGGUCCUUGAUGAUAUAUGGACAACUGCAACAUGGGAUCUUUUAAAACAUGCAUUUCCUACUACAUCUCAAGGAGGCACAUUACAUAGCAAGAUCUUACUCACUACUCGGAAUAAGGUCGUAGCUUUGCAUGCCGAUCAACAUGGUAUCGUCCAUGAACCUCAUUUCCUCAAUGAAGAGGAGAGUUUGGAGCUGUUUCACAAAAAGCUACCAACUUCAAAUGAUGAUGAAGAAAGGAAGAAAGAACUUGCAGUAGAGAUGGUUAGAAGGUGCUCUGGUUUGCCAUUAGCCAUCAUUGUCCUUGCUGGGCUUCUAUCUAAGAAACAUACCUUAUAUGAGUGGGAGCUGAUGAAAGUAAAUGUAAUUCGCUGCAUCAGUCAAGGUGAUCAACAACAUGACGGCGACUCAAGAUACCGUAGUGUCUUGUGGGUGUUAGGUUUGAGUUACAGUGAGUUACCAUCUCACUUGAAGCCUUGUUUUUUGUACUUGGCUCGUUACGGUGAAGAUGUCACGAUAAGAGUAAAAGAGUUAUGUCUUGUACUCAUAGCAGAAGGUUUAAUAUCGCAAAGAAUAGGUUCUGUGGGAACUUGGGAGGAAGUGGCAUAUGAUUGGUUGUGUGAGUUGGUGGAGAGGAGUAUGAUUCAGGUGAAAGAAAUGAGUUCAACAGGAAGAAGGAUAAAAUCAUUUUGCAUCCAUGAUCUCAUGCGAGAUGUUUGCUUGUCUAAAGCUCAAGAAGAAAACUUCCUUCGUUUUAUUGAUUGGCAGAAUAGAAGGGAAGAGCCCAUAGAAACAACGGUACGAAGAGUUUCCAUCAAUAAUAGUGGAAAAACUAAUUGUAGUGAUUUUAUUCAUAUGGUUAGAAAUAUAGAUGGCUCUCUCAGAUGCCUUGCUGUAGAUGGAGGAAUUGAGUAUAAUUAUAAAAGAGUAUUGAGACAUGCAUGCAAUCACUUUUUGAAGCUUAGAGUUUUGAUUAUUGGUCAUCAAUAUAGGUAUUCCAGAUCUAGUUUGAAGUUGCCAAAAGAAAUUGGGAAUCUGAUCCAUCUAAGGCUAUUACUUAUUCUUAGUUGCCAUAUUGAAAAGAUUCCAUCUUCUUUUGGGAAUUUAAGAUGCCUGCAGAGUUUGAGAGUAAGGAGCAAGAGUGAUAAAAUACCAAGUUCAAUGUGCAUGUUGGAGCAACUGAGGCAUCUAUAUCUUAUCACUGUAGAUGGUAAUGGCAUAGAAUUUGGUAAUUUCUUGAGGUCAACUAAGUCUAGAAAUUUACAAACAUUGGUAGGUAUUCGUACUAAGGAUCUUCUACUGAGUGAUAUUCUACAACAGGAGAGUCUCAAAAAAUUACGAAUUUGUGUGGAUGGAAAUUUUGAGACAUUCUUACACAAUCCCCAAACUCUCACAUUCACUCGUCUUCUCUCUUUAAAAGUAGACAGUUUAAUUGGUGUCACCGCCAUAGAUAUAAUUCCCUUGAUAUUAAGCUGUCCUCAUAUUUAUAAGCUUACCCUGUACUCGCCUAUAUUAAGAUUACCAGAAGUCAACCAAUUCUCCCCAAAUCUCAUCAAGUUACAGUUGAGAUUUCUCCAACUUAAGGAUGAUCCAAUGCCAACAUUAAAAAAGCUACCACAAUUAAGAGUCCUUGUGAUUGCCUAUGAUAGUUUUAGAGGGGAUGAGAUGGUGUGCUCAAGAGGAGGUUUCCCUCGACUUGAAUCUCUUGAGCUUAGUACUCUACAUAACUUGAAAGAGUGGAAAGUGGAGGAGAGUGCAUUGCCUUCACUUGCCUAUUUGCGUAUUGAGAAAUGCAGGGGAUUGAGGAGAGUUCCAAAUGGAGUAAGAAACAUUGUUACACUCAAUGAGAUAAAGAUACAUAAUAUGCCUAAGAAAUUCAAAGAAAGGAUGGAGCAAGGAGGAGACGAUUUCCACAAAGUCAACCACGUACCCUCACGUGUAUUCAUGGAAUGUGAUAAAGAUUGAUAGAAUCUCAUAUGAAGAUUUGGAGGAUGCGUUUGCCAAUCACCAUUCACCAGUGUCUGUUUGCUCAAUAAUUAAUAAUGGGAAUGUAAUGUGUAAUAUUCGAAUUGUGUUGUUGUGUUUUAAUUCUUAAAUUACUGUCUCUUUCUGUAAUUGACAAGAGCUCAUGUGCAGAGUGUUAUCUUUUGUUCUUCUU